UUAAUCCUUGUAGUCUGGAACAUGUCCAGACCGGCUGUUAGAGAGCGAAAGCCCCGGAAAAGGAGUAACGCUCAGGCCAGAAGGAUUUCCGUUUCCAAGAGUUCCGACAGCGAGCCGAGUGGUUUAAGGAAAUAUGUGAAGAGUUCGUCGAUAAACGGGGAUUCCCUUUCGACUCUGGGACGAAAACACAGCAACACGGAUAAUGGUUAUGAUGCGGGUCUGGAUACCGAUGAUGCCAACGAUGAUGGCAAGGAUGAGGUGGCAGCGCCGUAUCGAAGGGACCGUCGACGUAGCAGUCCUUUGAACUCAUUCCUCUACCCGGAACCAAUUCCAUCCAAUCGAUUCGGUGGAUUUUUGCGUGCCCUGGCCCGCAGUUUGCAGCAUUGUUCGAUGAGGAUUGCCGCCGGGUUUGGAUUGAGUCGCCAACAGGCCGCCUGGUACAAGAACUGCUGGAACACUCCGGGCUCCCAGUCUAAGAGUGUCCAUCUACUGAGUCGCCAGACGAAGAUACGACAGGUCUCCGUGCCCAGUUUGGUUUCAAAAUCCCAAGCAAAUCCGCGAUCAGUUACGAGUUCCACAACUCUGUGAGGUCUUUCGCCUUCUUUUGACUUGCAUUUGGUGCCUUCUGCACUAUAUAAUAUAUAUAUAUAUAUAUAUAUAUAUCAAGUUACAGGAAACUUCUAUC